CAAUACAGUGGUGUUUUCUCUUCUUACCCGUAUUUUAUUAUAAAUUACAGUUUGUUGUGUCGAUUUUUGUUGUUGUUUUUUUAAUUGUGGGGCAAUGACCACUGUUGAGGAGCUGAAGUUACGAAUACGCGAAUUAGAAAAUGAAUUGAUUAAGUGUAAACAACAACGCAAUCAGGAGGAUUUGGAUAACCGAGGACAUGUCAGACCAAAGAUAGAGAAAAUGAGCGCUGAAGUUGUGGAUUCAAACCCGUACAGUCGGCUGAUGGCACUGAAACGGAUGGGUAUAGUUGAAGACUACGAGAAAAUCCGCUCGUUUGCUGUGGCAGUGGUUGGAGUGGGCGGUGUGGGCAGUGUCACUGCAGAGAUGCUCACCAGAUGUGGCAUUGGUAAGUUGAUGCUGUUUGACUACGAUAAAGUAGAACUGGCCAACAUGAAUCGCCUCUUCUUUCAGCCACACCAGGCAGGACUUAGCAAAGUUGAGGCAGCAGAGCACACACUGAGGAGCAUCAAUCCAGAUGUUGUGUUUGAGACACACAACUAUAACAUCACCACAGUAGACAAUUUCACACAUUUCAUGGACCGCAUCAGUCAUGGUGGACUUGUGGAGGGAAAGCCUGUGGACUUGGUGCUGAGCUGUGUGGAUAAUUUCGAAGCUCGAAUGGCCAUAAACGCAGCUUGUAAUGAGUUGGGUCAGAUCUGGAUGGAGUCUGGAGUCAGUGAGAAUGCUGUGUCUGGCCAUAUUCAGCUCAUCAUUCCAGGAGAAACAGCAUGCUUUGCUUGUGCCCCUCCCCUGGUAGUGGCAGCAAACAUCGAUGAGAAGACUCUAAAGAGAGAUGGCGUCUGUGCUGCCAGUCUUCCCACCACCAUGGGUGUUGUAGCUGGGGUCCUAGUGCAAAAUGUCCUGAAGUAUUUGCUGGGAUUUGGGACAGUGAGUUAUUACCUAGGCUAUAAUGCCAUGCAGGAUUUCUUUCCCACCAUGGCAAUGAAAGCCAACCCACAGUGUGAUGACAGACACUGCAGGAGACAACAGGAAGAGUACAAGAAAAAAGAAGUUGAGCAUCCACAACAGGAAGUAGUAGAAGAGGAAGAGGAAAUAGUGCAUGAAGAUAAUGAGUGGGGUAUAGAACUGGUGUCCGAGAUCACAAAGGCAGAGCUUCAAGCUGCAUCUGGUCCAAAGCCAGAUUUACCAGAGGGCAUAACUGUAGCCUACACUGUCCCUAAUAAGGAUGGAGAGGUGAAUUCAGGGGCGACGGUACAAGAGACAGAACAGAGUCUGGAGGAGCUGAUGGCUCAGAUGAAGAAGAUGUAAAUGCAGAGUUUACAAUCACAGUCUGUUGCUGUGUUCAUUUAAUUAUACAAGACCAAGCUUCACAGUGCAUAGAAACAUAACACACAUUCCUAACUGAAUGUAAUUACUGCUGCUGCUAACAGCACACACUAAUAUCAAAAACAUUUUCUUAUUACACUGGCUGGUCUUUAUUUAGAGAUGAUUUAUUCAACUUAAUGAGGAUUGAAUUUUAUAUUUAAUGAUAUUACAUUAUAAUUUACCCUGGUUAAUCAGACUGUACCACCACUGUAAAUACCAAAUGUAAUUAAACAUUACAAUCUUGAAUUGCUGAAAUACAAUUAAGCUCUGUGUUCUUGUCCAAUAAAGUAUUCAUGAACUUUCAAGGUUUA